UUUUUUUUUUUUUUUAGGCAGACGUAUAUUUGUGCUGUCUUUUGUCUAAUUCAAUUUGAGAUGGAAGUGCAACGAAUGCUGGUGAUUUGUUUUCCUGCCAUUUUGGUGUUUGUCGUUGAAGCGUUUUCAGCAGCGAUGGAUUUCCCUCCGAAAAACAUUCCUCUCCGGAUUCCCCCGAUCGGCAUCAGCCCCGAGCAACAAUACACUGCCGCAAUUUAUGGUGCUCAUUUUUGGCGGGCAUAUAAUCAAGCCAGGAAUGCCGGAAGCAGUCGGAAACAUGCCGUCAGAACCGCCACGAAACUUAUGAAAUCCAUCGGGAUUCCGAAAUCGGAUAUUUACUCAGGCGCCUCGAAAAAUAAGCGAAGAAACCAGAACGUUUCCCAUCAUGACCGAAGCUCGUCGGAAAACGAAGUGACGAAUCCGGACGAUUUCCCCGUCGGGAUCAUCGAGAAGGACAGAGAAAUGAUGAGAAAAUUCGAAUUACUAAUGAAGGGGAAAUUAUUUUAAUUUAUUAGCCCCUAAUAUGCAAAUAUGCAUCAGCAGCUACAAAAACUUUUCGCGGGUGAACGAAGAUGCCAAAAAACGAUAAUGUUAGCAGAAUUAAAACGCCUUCGAUUCGUGUUACUCCUGAA